AUGCUAAACAACCCCCCUCCCCCUUUGCCUAGCAGGACACCAACUCAUCAUAAUCAGUACCGCUCAGCCUUGGGCAUUACCGUUGCUUUUCCCAACUUUUGGUCUAGGCAUCACCCCAUCGAGGAUGACGGCCUCUGUCAUCUGCUCUAUCAGUACCUUCAAAGGAGCCUCAAGGGUUGUGAGCAAAAGCUCUCGUCUAUCUAUCUUCCAGAGACAAUCGUGUUUGAGCAUAACUUUCCUCGUGUAUGGUAUUACUAUGACAAAGACAGUGAAGCUAUCAGUAAGCGGCCUUCUCGCAUGCUCGAUGUUCAGAGCAUGUUUCGAUUUUUCGGUGUCCCAAUUAAAAACAUAGACGUGGUGGCACAGUUCUUUUAUGCUACGGUACCAAUCGGAGAAGCCUGGGAUGCCAUUCUGUCACGUCGGGCAAAGGAACAGAACAGCACACUGCUUUCCCAAGGCCUGACCUACGUCGAAUUCUUCACAGUGGAAGGUCUCAAGGACUUUCUACUUCAGCAGCAUCGUAAGCCGGAUGGUGUGCUGCAACGAUUUGUACUCCCAAAGGGGGAUGGAUCCAGCCGGAAAAAUAAUCAGAUACAGGUGUUCUGGUCGCCUCUCAUGACGAGUGUCUACAGACGAACCAACUAUCAUCGGCUGGAUGAUCGUAUGGUCCCCAUUCCAGCACGUUUGUCAACCUAUGAUGGACCUGCGUACUACAGUUAUGAGUCAAUGGUUGCUGAUGAUACGAAGGUUUGCUUGACUGGUCUCUGUGAAGACAUCGUGCGGCACUUCUAUCAGGUUGAAAAAAAGCAGAUAACACGAAUGGUUCUCUAUUUCAAAAUUGAUGACAACAAUAGGGUUUGGCUUCUUUGGUGUAGCAGCGUGCGUGUCGAGCCUGACAGCUUCAAUCCCAGUACCCUGCGUGUUCCCCCACUCCUUGAUCAACGCACUGAAGUCCUCAACAAUGAGAGCUCUACGGUUGCCAGACUGCAAGCUCGUCGCCAUCGGCAAAAGCACCUUCUCGAGUUGGAUUCUCAUUUGUUCGAAGCUACCCGUGAUAUUGAAUUUGCCCUCAAUAUAAACGCAUCGCACCGACGGCAAGCAAAGGUCCUGGGAAUGCCUGGGAUGGCGAACGCGGCGCCGAAGAAGGGCUCCAAGAAUCCCUGCUACGACACGAAUCAUCCUUUACACGAAGCUUUUGUGGCCUUGUGUGAUGAAAAAGACGGCCCCUUCGUGGCAGCCAUCAAUGAGCACCUCAAUGAGUUGGAUCGUCCAAAUUCAAAAUCCUCCAAAUCGUAUCGGAACUCGUCGAUCAACAAUUCCGCGAUGGAAAGGGGUUCCAUCGAUGAGAUUAGUCAGAAAAUGACAGACCCUCGAGAUGUGGUGCUCGAGGAGCUGGUCGCGCUAGCCAUGGAUGCCUGGCAUGCGGUGUACUCGGCAACGCUUUCAACAACUACUAUGAAAGCUCCGAUCACACGGGUAGUCCUUGCGGAACCUCUGGUCUCCGCUCUCAGCACCGAGGAACUUCAAACACUGGUGAAUCUAUUGGGGCUGCGGUCGGUUGAUGCAUCCGCUAGCACGCAACAUUAUGAGGUAUCCCCCCUUUUGGUGGAUCCCGGUCGUCGGCUAGAUCAGACCUCGUUGCAGGUCGAAAAAGAGGUUUCAAACUUUUUCAAAACGCUAUUUGACCAUCGUGGCGACGAGAUUACGCGGCUCUGUAUGGACCAAUACGGUGAACAGUUUUAG